UCUUCAGAGACGGUGUACGAUUUCCAUGUAUUUGUUUUAACAAGGCUGUAAGAACUACUGUCAGUCUAAUGUUUAUAAUUAUUUACAUAUUCAAAGGCACAAAACCUACAUUAAAAUGUAACCAAUCUUUUAAAUUUUUUUGACUACACAUACUGUAUACCAACCAUCAUUUGUCACUUUAUGUCAUCACACACUCUCUGAUGUCAUCGGCUGAGAUUUACUGACUAAUUUACGAUACGCUUUAUUGGCUCCUGAUGCACCGAGAUGGUGCGUUUGAGUGUUAGCAAAAUAUCGUCCUCGUUCAAAAAUGAAAGGUUAACAUAGUUCAUUAGAUCUUUUUAUCUAUUUUUAUUACUCAGUUAUAUAGAAGGCUUUUAUAAAAUUGUUACGGGAUAAAGUUUCAUUUAAUUUAAUUAAGAUAUAAUGUGUUAACAGCACUAUGGUAUAAAAUGUGUAUAUAUUUGUUUAAAUACAAAAUUCUAAAGAGGUAUAAGAAACUUUUAUGAAGUAUUCUAAAUGUGUCUAAACCUUUGUAAAUUUCAUUCAAGAAAGAAUCAUGAUUCAUUAACAUGAAAUUUUUUUCAUCUGACACACCGAGUCAGCAGCUUAUAUUACCUGUAUGCCAGUUGUUACACUGGAAACUGAAUUUGGAGAAAUUAUAUAAAUGUAACAUGAGGCAUUUUCCACUGCAAUGAUCAGUAAUUUGCGGUAUUUGUUUGUCUGCACUCCUAUCGAAGGUCUUUUCUGCUGUUUUAUCUUUUCGCCCACAGUGUAAUCGAGGUCACCACCUGGCUCGACUUGUAAAGGCAGUAUGGGAAACACGAGCAGCGAGAGGUCAGGAGUGGGGCAGGGCGAGAAGGCCAGCCGCAGGGACAGCCGGGGGGCUAAAGAGGGGGACCGGCCCAAAAUCCUCAUGGACAGCCCUGAGGACGCAGAUAUUUUCCAGGGAGAGGAUAUGAAGGCCCCUUUAGAAAAGGAGGAGUUUUUAGCCUGGAGGCAGGACCUCGAGUCCAGUGAUAAGGAGCUCUUGGCACGGCCCACAGUAUUUCGUUGGACAGGUGCUGGAAAAGAGGUCUAUCUCUCUGGAUCCUUCGACAACUGGGCAAAUAAGAUUCCUCUAACCAGGAGUCAGAACAAUUUUGUCGCGAUUGUGGACCUGCCUGAGGGCGAACACCAGUAUAAGUUCUACGUAGACGGACAGUGGACGCACGACCCAUCUGAGCCUGUAAUGACCAAUCAUGUGGGAUCAAUCAACAACAUCAUCCAGGUGAAGAAAACAGAUUUUGAGGUGUUCGAUGCUCUGAUGGUGGAUUCUCAGAAAUGCUCAGAUAUGUCAGACCUCUCAAGCUCUCCACCCGGACCAUACCAUCAAGACGCGUACAUCCCCAAACAGGACGAGAAGUUCAAGUCUCCGCCCAUCCUUCCUCCUCACCUGUUGCAGGUCAUCCUCAACAAGGACACGGGCAUCUCAUGUGACCCUGCAUUACUUCCUGAACCCAAUCAUGUGAUGUUAAACCACCUCUACGCUCUUUCCAUUAAGGAUGGAGUAAUGGUUCUUAGUGCCACACAUCGCUAUAAGAAGAAGUACGUUACCACCCUGCUGUAUAAACCCAUCUGACACCAGCAGCAAAUAUUUCUGCUCAUGAACUCUUGAACUCUAACACACCUUUCAAGCUUCUAUCCACUCCACUACUGAGAACUAGUGUCUAGUGUAGUUUUUUUUUUUGUUUGUUUGUUUUUUAAUAUAUAUAAUGUGCAGCACUGGUUGCCAAGAGAUUAAUCUUUCGGGUGCUUAGUUUAAAAUAUGCUCAAAACAGUCAGCUUAUCAUCUCAUCAAAAGACCAAUAACGUAGACAGAUUUCAGGCACAAGACUAAAUAUAUAUGGAGAUUUAGAUAUUUCAAGUAAUAUAAAUGAGGAUUACAGUUGCUGUUGAUUAUUUUCUAAUAAUGGCAUAUCUUUAUAGUGUUUUCUUUUUAUAAUCAUAGUUACCUUUUUUUUUUGAACUUAUUAAAGACUGACAUCACACUUUGAUGAGUGUGCCGAGCAUAAACCUCUCAAGUCUGGAAACUGGCAAACUGGAUUCUCUUUCUGUAAAUGGUACAUUUACAGAAAUCUUUACCAUAGAUUUUUAAAAUUUUAUUUAUACAGCAUCAAGCGUACACCAUACUAGUCCGCAUAAGGACAUGCAUGUUGUUAUAAACCUGAACCUUUGAUAUAUUAGGUAUAGAAAAUUUAUCAACAGCUCCUGACCAAUUCAGAACUCAACAUUGGUAUAAAGUAAAAGUUUAGUGUGAAAGUGCAAAAAAAUAAAUAAAAAUAAAUCAGUGCUCAUAUCGCAGUAUAUUUUGUUGAGACUGUUUGCAAAA